CAGCACCACAACCUCCUCCACGCUUGAAGCUAAUCGGCAGAAGUAACAGCGCCCUUCCCUGGACUUCCUGGGCACUUUUUGCGCAGUUGCUCUGACUCUGGCUCCAUCGGAUAGGAUCGAAUAUUAAUGGUGAUCUCUCUGUUCUUCCCGCCACAUAACGUUGGCGCCUCGUCCUCGUACGCUCGCCGUUCAUCGGACAAGGCGCGAGAAGGAGAAGUCCUCCAACUUCGACCCUGCGACGUCGUAGGCGCUUUUCUCGGUGACGCCACUCUUGCCCGCCGACUCCACGUCACGGACAUCUACCUCUACGAAGAGCGCGAACUACCCAUGCACGAGUUCCUCCGCGUUGACUUCUACGACCGCUGCACGGGAAUGUGCAACUGCAUCUUUGUCGAGCGAGCGGCGCCCGCGCAGACCCUGGCGGAGGAGGUGGAGAACGCGUUCCUCAGGACGUUUGCUUGCUUCUUCGCAGGCGGAGAAGCAGUGGACAGCUUCAUCAUCCCUUGCCGCCGCAGCUACACGCGCAGACCGAGGCAGUUAUCCGAGAAGCAGUACCGAUUACUACAAUCUUUACAUCCGCCACCCGAGCAGCCCUUCACGCUCGAAGAGGUCGCCGUGAUGUGCGACGUUGUCAGCCAGAAGUAUCCGGAGUAUAAGUCAUUGACCUCGCAAUGCUUUUGGUAUGCGAGGAGCGUGCUGGGGAUUGUGGCGCUCGUCGCUGAUGCCGAGCACCACGUGUACUCGGCUCCUGAACACCCCUCCUUGCGGCGGAACCGAGUCUAUCGUGGCGUCAAGGCGAUGUCGCAGGCACGCGCGAAUUACCAGCGUGCCGAGCUGACCUCCGACUUCGAGUCUGCGUGGAAGACGUUCAGACGGAGGCUGGACGACAGUAGUAGACAGGGCCGCCGACCGAGCCACAAACGAGGGGUACGCCACCCGCCGCGGCGACGAAGUCUCGGUCACACCACUUCGAGUCGUCCUGAGUAGCGAGAUGGGGGUCAAAAUCGCCUGUCUUCGGUGAGAUGGGGUGACUUCGUCUAGAGGGUGAGGUGAUUAUGCCUUCAUAUUCUCGGGUCGUAUUGGACCGGCCAAUUGGGUCGAGCUAUCCGUGGUGUGAUGUUCGACUUUGCGUAGCGGUACAACACUCACUGUCUAUGCCGAGGGAGUGCCUUAAAUCAAUUGUAGCCUCGCGGACGUGAGCUCUCUCUGUCCCUCUGUCC